AUGGAUAACUCAAAACAAGAAAAAUUAGAUCUGAAUAUGUAUGGUCAGCUUUGGUCUUCUAAUGACUUAAAUCCUGAUCGUCUUACUUCGGUACUCAAUAAAAUCUUCACUUAUAAUCAGGCGGAAACUAAUUAUCGUAAUACAAGUGAUAAAUAUUAUGACUUUCAUGAAGAAUAUGCCAAAUCAUUGGCGGUGUCAGCAGCAUUUAAAGGCUCAGCUGAUAUCCUUGCAAUUACAUCAGCAAGUAUGGAUGUAUCUGCAUCAGUUAAUAAGGCUGAAUCGGGUGCUACCGGAAAAACAACGCAUGAUGUUAUCUCAUUGACAGAUAUUAAAAAAUAUCUUGAUCAAAAGUCGAUAGAAACUGAAUGGAAAGGAGAAAAGAUUAUACCAAAAUCAUUUCAA